AAAAAUCUUGUUUAACUUACAGGUUGCUGCCCACAUCGUCAAUAUUUGAGUCAACAAGAAUGUAGUAUGAUAGAUAAAUCCUGGAAGAAAAGGGUUCCAGGUUGCCAUAAAAAUAAACAUAUCGGGCUGAAAAUUGCAAGAUUUUCCAGUUUUAAUGGUUGGAAACAUCUAAAUGCCACAUCUGGACAGUCCUUAGAACCAGAACCUGAAGCAUAUACUGUGAUGAAAUUAUGGGAUUUACUAUUUUCAUCAUUGGAUGCUUUCUAUCGGUUUUCACGUCCCCACACGGUCAUAGGCACAGCAUUGAGUAUUGUCUCAGUUUCUCUUCUGUCGGUUGAGAAUUUCAAUGAUUUUUCUCCGCCCUUCUUUACUGGACUUUUACAGGCAGUGAUUGCUGCACUAUUCAUGAACAUUUACAUUGUUGGACUGAAUCAGUUAUUUGACAUUGAAAUAGAUAAGGUUAAUAAGCCGACUCUCCCACUCGCUUCCGGGGAAUACUCUUUCAGAACUGGCACUGCAAUUGUUUCCAUUUUUGCUAUUAUGAGCUUUGCCAUUGGAUGGGUUGCUGGAUCUUGGCCAUUGUUUUGGGCCCUUUUCAUUAGUUUCAUUCUUGGAACUGCAUAUUCUAUCAAUCUACCGUUUUUUAGAUGGAAGAGAUUUGCUGUAGUUGCUGCCAUGUGCAUCCUUGCCGUCCGUGCUGUGAUUGUUCAACUAGCAUUUUUUCUUCACAUGCAGAUUGAUUUGCAGGAUAUACCAGAUAUCGACGGAGAUCGAAUAUUUGGUAUUCGUUCUUUUACCGUGCGUCUUGGUCAAAAGCCGGUAUUUUGGGCAUGUGUAUACCUCCUUGAGAUGGCUUACACUGUAGCCAUAGUGGUUGGAGCAACUUCAACCUGCCCAUGGAGCAAGUUUGCAACUGUAUUGGGCCAUGCUGCACUUGCAUUAAUUCUCUGGAACAAUGCCAAGUCUGUCAGGUUGACAAGCAAAGCUGCUAUAACCUCCUUCUAUAUGUUUAUUUGGAAGCUAUUUUAUGCUGAGUAUUUGCUCAUUCCAUUGAUAAGAUGAAGGCCGUUGGAGUCGAGGAUUCAAAGGCGUGGUGGUACUUGACUCAAUUCCUGUGUAUUUACUUAUCUAACACCUAAAUUUCAAUUUUUACAUAUGUGCCUCCUUUCUAAUUACAUUGUUUAGGAGUUAAAAUAGUGGUAUUUUUUGUGUGAUAUGAAGGGCUUGGGUGGUAGAAAUGUAAAAAAUGAAGUUUAGGGGUU